AUGUGGGACUUCUACAACGGAAAGUCAAUUCUCCUCACCGGUGGCACGGGUUUUUUAGGGUCUACCCUGCUGUACCGACUAGUGAGCAAAGGCAAUUGUGGAAAGAUCUAUAUCAUAUUCCGCGGUGGGAGAGAGCGCGCAGAGAAGAAAUGGAAACAGAAUCUGCCCCUCGAGACAGCACAGAGAUUGCUUAGCUGCGAGAGCAUCGUGUUCUUGGAUGGCGACCUGACCAAAGAAUUCAUGGGCUUGCGUGACGAGGAGCUGAAUAACAUCUGUCAAGAAACCCAGAUCAUCAUACAUUGCGCCUCCUCCAUCGAUCUGACCAGCCCCUUGACGAGAAUGGCAAACGAGAUCAUAGGCCCAUCCUUGAGCCAGGCCGAGUUUGAAACGUCGUGCCCUAAGCUAGAUAAAUUCGUCUACGUAUCCUCAGCCUUUGCUAACGCUCACCUCUGGAAAUCGUUCGGUGGGCAAGAAGUCCAACUCGACGAGACGAAGUAUCCCCUAGCCAAAGGGACAGGAACGCCCCCUCGACGUUGCAAACAUGGUAAGAUAUCCAACGAACCAGAGCCUGCGACGAGGCCCACGUUCGAUCAGGUCCCUGUCGAUGUUGUCACCGAUAGGCUUCUCGCGCAUCUUGGCAUGGGGACGGCUGGAAUUUUCCACGUCAGCAGCCCUUUGCGUCUGAGGAUCUCCAUCGACGACUUCCGGGUUUCCAUCAAUCGCGCUCGCCGGCUUCCCGGGACAUUGGCUAUUCACUGGGAACGAGAGGAUCCGAGUUCGCCCAAUAUACACCCUCAUAGUCGCGUGUUUGUCCUAACGGGGACAUCGUUCAACUUUCGUGAGACGAAUACCGAGAGGAUCGCGCACUUGGAUGGAAAGGCCGGUCUGCAAUCGUUCACCAGGACGUGGGUGUGGUCCCGAGCGUCGGAAGUUCAGCAGAUUGCGAGGAAGCUUGCCGAUACUAAAGGGUUGCCUGCGGAAGCUGCGGCUUGGGUGUUCGCGGAACAGUUAACAAUUGAUGGACUGCAAUUGUACAUAAUCGGUUGCAGUGUUUGA